AUGGAAAGUUCUGAAUCAUCCUCGGUUGAAUACAAUCGUAUUGAAAAACCAUCAAAUUAUAUGGUGUACAAUAUUACGCCGACGUUUGUCAAAAUCGAGCAACUGAAAACUAUGUACAGUGCAGAUCAUCAGCACGAAGUACAUGCACUCAGUGAAUUGAAUGAAAGAUUUCGCUCUAUGCUCGAUUAUAUUUAUCAAUUGGAAACACAAAAUUCAAAAUACAUUUCAAAACUGAUUGAAUUACGGCGAAAAGUAUUUCUUGCGAGUGUCAACGGUAAACUAAGUACUGAACUUACUGAUCUGCACGCUGAUGUCAGGGAAGUUAGCUAUGCAAAAAUUAGCUACGAAUCGGAAUUCGAACUCUUUCAAGUACAAAGUAAAAUGUACCAACAGAUGGCCCAGUUUGGACAGCCAUCAGUCGAUCAAGGACGAGUAAAAUUAGAACAAGAAUUGAAUCAAUCUGGUUCUACUCUUGCCAAUCUACGUACGUCCUAUGCGUCAAUGGAGCAAACAGUUGUAGGCCUUCGAGCAAAUUUAAAAGAUACAUUAAGACAGUAUAUGGCAUUGACCAAAGAAUGGUCCUCUUUGAAGAAGCAAACAAAGGAAUUGAAGUGCAGUCUACAAGUGAUAAAUAUUCAAAUUCAAUUUUCCAAGACAAUAUAUUCUAAAGCUGAUUUUUUUACAAUGGAUAUGGAUGAUUUUGCUGAAUUCUGGAAAGCUGAAUGGGCACAAAUUAUCAAUAGAGUACAUAGUGAUUUCGAAAUAUUAUAUGGAGCCAUUUAUCAAGAAUCAGUCUCCCAUUAUGAAAAGAAAAGCAAAGAAAUGCAAGUCGAAUUAGAACGAUUAGUAAACAUUGAGAGAGAGGAGCGAGUCGAGUAUGGGCAAGUUCUCGUGACACUCGAGGCUGAAUAUGAAGAGGUCCAAAAGGUCCAUUCCCAACAAAGAGGACUUUUAAUGAAAGCAGAAGCAACAUACUCUGAAUUAGAAUCUGAAUAUAAAGCACUUCAAAUUCAAUAUCAAGACAAAUUUGAAGCACAAUCGAAAGAAAUAGAAUGUUUAAAUGAAAAUAUCAUAGUAAUAGUGAGCAAUGUCGAAGAAGUUCAACGAAGAAAAAUUUGCUUGGAAGGUGAAAUUAUCGUUUAUCGUCAUAUGUUGGGAAAGACUGAAACAAAGAAAACAAUCGAGACUUCGAUUAAAAAGACAAGAACAUACGUUGAGAAAAACCAAUAUGUAGGACCUAUCAGUAUUGAAUGUCCUUUGGAAAGUACAUACAUUGCUGUGAUAAAUCAGUCGACGAAUGCAGUCAUUGAUAUUUCGAGGUGGCGGCUGGCUCGACGUGUUGAUGCUACAGUCACUCUUCAGUAUACAAUACCCACUGGAGUUCAAGUUAAUCCUGGUCGUGAAUUAAGAGUCUAUUCCAAAUUUGGUAAUGAAGUUUCUCAAUUAUCGUCAAGUGAGAGUAGUUUUUCGUCAUUGAUUUAUGACAAACUGAUCCUAAAUGAUAUAUACUCACUGGGUAUCGGUGAAACUAUCGAAACAGUUGUGUUGGACGAUCGUGACAACGAGGUAGCAUCAUGUUUACAGCAAGCAGAGUCUGAUUGGACAGAAUAA